CGCUCGUCCUUUCGGCGCCUAUCCUUGGCCCUCAUCGCUCUGCACCCGAGGCUUGCCUGCAGCUUCUCCUAUCCCGCCUAGCAGAACUCGCCGUCCAUGUCGUCAAACCGCUCCGAGUUGAUUCAGAGUGCCGUCCGCUUCCUGAGCGAUCCCAAGGUCCAGUCGAGCCCCCUCGACAAGAAGAUUGCGUUUCUCGAAAGCAAGGGCUUGACUUCCGAUGAGGUCCAGGAGGCCGUCCGGCUCUCGUCCCAAGGCACGAGCGCCCCCAGCACCACCGCCUCGGCUACCUCGCUUGUCCCGGCUGCUCCCGGUGCAGUGCCUGGAUUCACACCUCAUCCCGGAUAUGUCCAAAUGAUGGCGCCGCCUGCGCCCGUGACAACCUGGAAGGACUAUGCCCUGGCCACCUGUGCUAUUGUCGGCGUCGGAUACGGGCUGUCGCUGCUGGCAUCGAGAUACAUCUUGCCGUUCCUGCCGACACCCGACCACCCGGUCUUCAAAGACUCGGAAGAAACACAGAAGCUCGUCAAGGCCUCCAAUACCACGCUCCAGGCCAUCGAAUCCACCUCGGCUGAUCUGCUGCAGACGCUCGAGACCCACGCCAAGGAGAUCACCCAGAGCAUGGGCGAUCUGAACGUCUAUCUGGAGGCUCUCAAGCUGCAGGAGGAGAAGCGCGACGAAGAAAUCAAGACGAUCCGCGAGGAUCUGGACGGUCUCAAGAACAUGAUUCCGAUGAUGAUUGAAAAGAACCAACAGAACCAGGCCGGCAUCCUUGAGGACUUGCAGAGUGAGGUCAAAUCGCUGAAGAGUUUGUUGGUGACUCGCCGAGUGGUCUCCACAACCACCACCAGCCACAGCAGCCACCCCACGCCGUCUUUGGCGGCUGCAGACGAGCCCGCAGCGAACGGCAAGAGCGAGCCCAAGAUCGUCGCUGGCACCGGCGUGCUCAACGGAAUCAAGGCGGGCCUGCCCAGCCCGGCGUUUAUGUCGAUAUCCAAGCCCAGCAUUCCGUCGUGGCAGCUUCAGAGCGCAGCUGCGACCGAGACCGGUGCCGGAAAGCUGGAGGAGACCCAGGGAGCCCCUGCGACCGAGAAUGCGGACGACAAGCAGGAAAACGUCGAAGAGUAGCGAGCGAUGCGCUGUCAGUCGACAGGCAGUGCGUUGGCCCGAAGGCGGAUCGAGGAUGGCUCGGAAUCGAGAUGCAAACAAGUCUCGGCGGCUCGGCACUCGACAAUUGUAUAUAGUGGGAGCGUGCUGAAUACAGAUGCGUCGUGACCGAGACGUUUCCAACG